GAGUCACCGAGUCGGGAAGCAGCAGGUUCGUGAGUGGAGCCCAGCCUUAUAUGGACUGAUCGCUCGGGCAAUGGCCCAUUUUUUCCUCGCCACCAGCCGCCACCGAGCGCGGAGCGGCCGCUGGAGCCCGAGCUGACGGCACCUUGGCACCUCUCCUGGAGUUACAAACUGAGGCCGGGCGGCGCUUGGCGCGCAGGCAGUCAGUCCCUGUGAGCAUUUCCGCGUGCUUUCAGAGAAGAGAGAGACGCCCCGGUGGGCUUUAUUUUUUCCUUUCCCUUUCCCCACAGUGUCCUUCUCUUUUUAAAUAAUAAUUAUACCAAUAAUUAAAGCCCAUCCCCCCCAACCCUCCCCCUUCCCGUCCUUUAGCCCCCCUCCCCCGCCCGCCGGGGCUGGGGAGCGCCACGAAUUGGACAAGUGAAGCUACAACUUUGCGACAUAAAUUGCGGGGUCCGGAACCAUGUCGCUGACCAACACAAAGACAGGGUUUUCAGUCAAGGACAUCUUGGACCUGCCGGACACCAACGAUGAAGAAGGCUCGGUGGCCGAGGGGCCGGAGGAAGAAAGCGAAGGGACGGAGCCGGCCAAGAGGGCCGGACCGCUGGGCCAGGGCGCCCUGGACACGGUGCAGAGCCUGCCCCUGAAGAGCCCUUUCUACGACAGCAGCGACAACCCCUACACUCGGUGGCUGGCCAGCACCGAGGGCCUCCAAUACUCCCUGCACGGACUGGCGGCCGGCGCUCCCCCACAAGACUCCAGCUCCAAGUCCCCAGAGCCCUCGGCCGAUGAGUCCCCGGACAAUGACAAGGAGACCCCGGGCAGCGGGGGGGACGCAGGCAAGAAGAGGAAGCGCCGCGUGCUCUUCUCCAAGGCGCAGACCUACGAGCUGGAGCGGCGCUUCCGGCAGCAGCGGUACCUGUCGGCGCCCGAGCGCGAGCACCUGGCCAGCCUCAUCCGCCUCACUCCCACGCAGGUCAAGAUCUGGUUCCAGAACCACCGCUACAAGAUGAAGCGCGCAAGGGCGGAGAAAGGUAUGGAGGUGACGCCCCUGCCCUCGCCGCGUCGGGUGGCCGUUCCUGUCUUGGUCAGGGACGGCAAACCAUGCCAUGCGCUCAAAGCCCAGGACCUGGCCGCCGCCACCUUCCAGGCAGGCAUCCCCUUUUCGGCCUACAGCGCCCAGUCGCUGCAGCACAUGCAGUACAACGCCCAGUACAGUUCGGCCGGCACCCCUCAGUACCCAACAGCACACCCCCUGGUCCAGGCCCAGCAAUGGACUUGGUGAGCGCCACCCCUCCGAGACUCGAGGUCCCAGGCCCUGGCCCCACCCCGGCGGCGGCGGCGAGGAGAACUCAUCCUUACGAUGGUUAUUAUUAUUAUUAUUAUAUUAUUAUUGUUAUUAUAGAGUCGAGUCGACUCGGCUCGCUUGAGGAGGCACUGGGAGGUUGCCUGCGCCUCCUGGUAGUGGCAGAUUACAUCCACCGACUCUGCCCCCAUCUCUCUCUCUCUUUGAACCUUUGGAGAGGGUUGAACUCUAAGCCGUGUUUACAGAAUGUUUGCGCAGCUUCGCUUCUUUGCCUCUCCCUGGGGGGGGGGGGGGACCAAACCAUCCCAACGUUAACGUCGUCACUUGAAAAGAGAAAAGACCAACCCCCACCCCGCCCCGCUUUCGUGUAUUUUGUAAAAUAUGUUUGUGUGAGUAGCGAUAUUGUCAGCCGUCUUCUAAAGCAAGUGGAGACCACUUUAAAAUAUAGAGGAUUUCUUCUUUUUUAUAAGAAAAUGCUAAAUAUUUAUGGCCAUGUAAACGUUCUGACAACUGGUGGCAGAUUUCGCUCUUCGUUGUAAAUAUCGUUGGUGAUCCUUGCCAAAUGACCUUCGGGAUGGGCCUGCGUCCCAGUCAGGUCAGGCCCAACUCUUUCUUUGUGGUUUGUUUUGGGUGUUAUAUUUGAGUUGCCUCCGUUUUCUUCUUUUCUUUUAAAAAUUUUGUUCAGUGCAAACAUUUUUCAACUAUGAAAAGGGAAAAGUUGUGUAGGCGAGCAGCCCGGGCCCCGUUUCCGGAUCCUGAGCCCCGGAACUUGGAGCCCAGCAGGUUCGCGCGGUUCCCUAAGAGGGCCAGGCGCUGAAAGCUUUCAAUUUUUUAAAAUAAGAAUUUUAAUAAAAAUCAUGUGUUUAAAAAAAAUUUUAAAACAA